CGUGACACAAACUGUACAUUUUCAGUACUGGCGGUGUAUUUCGGAACGCGGCUAAUAUGACAGGUUGAGCCGAAUAUACCCGAAGAUGCCACGGAACUAGCCGAAGUGUUACAGUUAAUCACAGCUGCCUCUUUAUAAAAGAGACCGAUGGUGUCGACGUAGUCUCAGUGUAGCUAAAAAGAACGAACGUCUGGGUGGUGACGUAGUGCGUGCGAUUCCAGAACAGUACGGUUAUCUUGAUCUGGAAUUUGAAAAACAAAUAAGCUUGGCUGCUGUGGCCAGUGCCCAUUCUUGAAUGGAAUGAUGAUGUUUCUUAAAGGAGACAGAUAUCUGUAAGAGAAAUAGAAGAGAAAACUAGAAAGUUCUCGUGUCUGUUAAUAUUACUGGAACAGGAUGCCAUGGAUUACUGUUUUACUGGUCCAAUUUGUGACUCACAAAUCACAGGGGCAUGUCCUAAUGUUUCCAGUCCUGAAAUGUUUGAUAGUGAUGGAGAAAAUGAGGUAGAUAACAAGAAAGUAACUUCAACAACUGACUCUACAUUAGGAACAGUUAGUCCUCAGAAACUUUCUCAAGCUGAAUUGGUUGUGAAAUCAGAUAAUUAUCUGCUAGCUAGAAUUAAUAAAUAUUUAAGUGGUGUUCCACCACCACCAAAACAUACAAUAUGUCAGAGCAACUGUUCUGAUUUUUUGCAACGUAUACAUGAAAACCGUCAAUUAUUCUGGACUGGUUAUCCAUUACCAGAUAAAAACUCAGAGUCUGAAAGGGAUUUGAAACCUACAAAACAAGUUACUUCAGAAAUUACUAAUAGACAAAUUUCUUAUCAAUGUACAAAGGGUCCUUCGAGGAAUUUAACGAAUGCUUUUAAUGCUUGUGAUUUAACAAUUAAUACAGAUAGCACAAAAUUAGAUGUAAACAGUGAUAAUGGUGAUAGUGAUAAUUUAAGCCUACAGUACAAUCUUCCUGAGCACACAAACUCAGUGAAUGUGAUGAAACAGACAAUGAGAGUCCCAUCAAUUGAGGAUAAUUCAAAUGAAGUUGAAAAACAAUCUCCUCUCUUAUAUCAGACAAUUAGUGAAGUUGAAGUUACAGCUUUAACAUGGCCUCAGGCAUUCUCUCAUAAAUUCCACGGCAUACACUACAAUAGAAGCAGAGCUGUGGAAGAAUUUGAUAACUUAACGGUCAAAUUAUGUGAGAGGUACAUAGGUGCAGAAAUACAAUCAACUUGUAAUAUAUGGUUUUCGAAACAGCCAACAGGAAGUCCAAGGAAACGAAGUUCACUGGCCAAGCGUGAGAACGGUCAGAGUCCAGGAAAAAGAUUGACAUACCUAGCUAGAAGGCGCAAGACUUUUUCUAGUGCUAAUUUACAAGGAUUGGGCGUCACCGACAAGAGACAGCUAAUGUUACAGAUUAAGAAACCUAUAUGCAAAAAAGGAAAGAGUCCCAAAGGUAAAAGUCCAAGAGGCAAAAGUCCUAGAGGUAAAAGCCCCCGAGGGAAGAGUCCGAGAAAUUCGGCGUUGAAGAGAGUGACGCGGAGAUUAACGCUGGACGGGCCGAGUCCGCGUAAAUCCAAACUAGAAACGUCGAAACGAGCGUUAUUUCAAAGCCCUCCUGCGGACCACGCGGGUCCUAGUAAGUUGUUAGGUGCAGGCAAUACAGAUACUCUCAAAAUCAAACGCGUUCUGUUUCCGACGACUCAUAAGAAAGAGACAGAAUCCGACGACACGGAGCAGACACUUUUGAGAGAAAGUAGGAAAAGGAAGUGCGACGAGGAGCUGCAAGGACCGCGAAUCAAGUGGGCGAAAAGCUUAUCUUUCGACUGCACGCACGAAUUGGAAAACAGCUCGAAAGUUAUGUGGGACAGACACUCGUCGAGCAAUAUUCUGUUGAAGAAUGAUACGUCCUUCAAUCAGGAAAGAAACGAAUUUAGCGACGUGCACAAAAAAAAAUUACUUUGGGCAGUCGCAGAGGCGUUAAGAAGUAAGGGCAUCGGUAUGAGCCAUCCGAGAUUUAAGCAAUACGCUGCGAAUCUAGCGCGCACAAUCAAGAAGUUCAUGCCUGAUCUCGAAAAUAAGAAUCUUCCGCGGAAACCUGGUAGUACAAGCGAUCGUAUGUUAAAAUUAGCUAAACAUCACGUACUGUUUCUUAUCGAUACAUCUAGAUCAGCAACGGAUUGACAGUACUUGUCGGUACAAAUAGUUAAAAAAAUUACAGAAAAUUGCAUGAAAUUUUCUCUCUGGCGAACUGAAUGUCAAAUGACCAAGUACACGGAUGCUUGUAUGUUUAGCCGACGUGUGUUUCGCACACUAUGAUUUUUAUUUAAUUUAAUUUCUAUCAAAGGGUAAAAUAUGUAUCAUAUAGCAACAAUGUAAGAUCUAAGAACGGGAUUUGUAUGAUGUUACAUCCAUUUUGGAGAAUAUUAAAUAUUUUUUAAUCACAAUAAAAGUAAACGAAACCGUGUUUUUAAUAUGCGUAAUUUUAUUAGCUUUAAAAUAGUUAUAUGUCACAACUUAUAAAUAAUUAAUAAAGGACGCUUUUUCGAAGUGA